AUGAAGAAGGAUAAUCAGAGUAGCGCCACUGAGUUCCUCCUCUUGGGGCUCCCCAUCCGACCAGAGAAACAAGGCUUAUUCUAUACCCUGUUCUUGGCCAUGUACCUGACCACGGUGCUGGGGAACCUGCUCAUCAUCCUGCUCAUCAGGCUGGACUCACGCCUCCACACCCCCAUGUACUUCUUCCUCAGCCACUUGGCCUUCACUGACAUCUCUCUAACAUCAGUUACAGCCCCAAAGAUGCUUUUUAAUAUGCAGACACACAGCCAAUCCAUCUCACAUGCUGGGUGUGUUUCCCAGGUAUAUUUCUUCUUAAUGCUUGCCUGUCUGGACAGCCUUCUUCUCACCUCCAUGGCCUAUGACAGGUACGUGGCCAUCUGCCAUCCCCUGCAUUACAUCACCAUCAUGAGUCAGAGCCUGUGUGUCCUGCUAGUCAUAGUGUCCUGGGUCCUCUCCUCUGCUGGUGCCCUUUCGCACACCCUCCUCCUGGCCCGUCUCUCCUUCUAUGGAAACAACAUCGUCCCCCACUUCUUCUGUGACCUCGCUGCCUUACUCAAGCUGUCCAGUUCUGAUAUUACAUUAAACGAGCUGGUCAUCUUCACAGAGGGAGUGGCAAGCAUCACCCUGCCGUUCAUGUGCAUCGUGGUCUCCUAUGUCCGCAUCGGGGCCACCAUCCUGAGGGCC